CGUUAUGCACAGUUAAAAAGGCAUCUUUUGGUAUUUAACUUACUGGUUUUAUGGGUGAUUCGGGGAGGAAAAAAAUAUUAACAAUUGCGCUCUGCUUACUUCGAGCUGAGAAGUGUGGGUCGCGCGGACCUACCGCUUCUGUCUUGAUUGGCUGUCAUUGGAUGACAUCACUAACCGCUUCAGAUCCUCUUUAAAUUCCAUGAAAUCACGUAGAGAUUUUGCAUAAACAUUUGGCGAGUCUUAAAAAUUCCGUCCAGUGAAAGGGGGGUUCAGUUUCAUUAGCAGUCAGAUGGAAUGGCUGCUUUACGCACGAGUCUCUCAACAGCGGCGGGGGCCUCGCGUGCUCAGAGCGCGUGACGGAGAGAGCAGAGUAGCUGGAACAUGAGGAGAGCACUUUUAACAGGGAUAAGGAGAAACUACGCAUUGUGAGCGAACUGGAUUUUUACGGGUUUUUCCCCAUUUGCCCUGAUAUGCAUUUUUACUAAUCAUGCAACAUGAAUGUAACUAACGGCACUGGAGCGGACGGACCUGCGCCCUGGAACUUUACUGGUUCACUUAGUAACUUGACACGUGAUGAAAAUGUCAGCUGUGACAAAAUCAGCAACAAUGGGUCGUGUACAGUUGCUGAGGUCACUGGGAGCCCAUACAAGACAGUGGAAAUGGUCUUCAUUGCCUUGGUUACUGGAUCGAUCAGCUUUGUCACUGUGGUGGGCAACAUCCUAGUAAUGCUGUCUAUCAAAGUCAACCGGCACCUCCAAACCGUCAACAAUUACUUUUUGUUCAGCUUGGCAUGUGCAGACCUCAUCAUUGGUGUGUUCUCAAUGAAUCUCUACACUGUAUAUAUACUGAAGGGCUACUGGCCGCUUGGCCCAGUGGUGUGUGAUCUUUGGUUGGCUCUGGAUUAUGUUGUCAGUAAUGCCUCUGUUAUGAAUCUGCUGAUCAUCAGCUUUGAUCGCUAUUUUUGUGUAACCAAACCACUAACUUACCCAACACGUCGCACAACCAAGAUGGCUGGUCUGAUGAUUGCCUCAGCCUGGAUCCUCUCCUUUAUUCUGUGGGCUCCUGCAAUUCUCUUCUGGCAGUUUAUUGUAGGGGAACGCACUGUAGAACCAGGAGCAUGCUAUAUCCAGUUUCUUUCUAACCCUGUGGUCACAUUUGGCACAGCAAUUGCUGCAUUCUAUCUUCCAGUGGUCAUAAUGACAGUGCUAUACAUUCACAUCUCCUUAGCUAGCCGUAGCCGUGUGUCAAAGCAGAAGCCAGAAGCUAAGAAAGAGAAAAAAGGUUUGAGGUCUGCUGGACUGCUGAGGAGGCACAUACUAAGGCAGAACAACAAUAAUCAGACUCCUCCUAAGCCCAGCCAUGAUUCAUGCAGCACAGCUGAUACCAUGAAAAAUGGACAGCUUGAUGAGACCAUAGUCCCAAUAAAAGCUGAUGGCAACAUGCAGCAUGAGGAGAAGGAGAGCUCAAAUGAUUCCAGUACGGCUAGCAUUGCACCCAAAGAAUCCAAGGAAAGAGCCAAUAAUGCAAGUGCCUCCCAAAAAGGCUUGACAUCUGGCUCUGCCCAGGUACCCAAACUUAACCCAGUCUCUAAAUGGUCCAAGAUCAAGAUUGUCACCAAACAGACAGGAGAUGAGUGCAUUACUGCUAUUGAAAUAAUUCCCCCAGAAAGUGGCACAGAGGGCCGCUCUAUCCCAAUCAACCGGCCCCGCACAGUGGUACGCAAGUUUGCCAGCAUUGCCCGCAGCCAGGUGAAAAGAAAAAGACAAAUGGCAGCACGUGAGAAGAAAGUGACAAAGACAAUCUUUGCCAUCCUUCUGGCCUUCAUCAUUACAUGGACCCCAUAUAAUGUUAUGGUCCUUAUCAGCACAUUCUGUCAGUCCUGUGUGCCAGACACAGUCUGGGCCAUUGGAUACUGGCUUUGCUAUGUGAACAGCACCAUAAACCCUGCCUGCUAUGCUUUGUGCAAUGCUACCUUUAAAAAGACCUUCAAGAACCUCCUUAUGUGCCAGUACAAAAAUAUUGGAACCAGGUGAACUGGAUGCUCUUCACUGGAUUCUGAUUGAUAAUUGGGUUGUUCCCAGUAUUUUAGGCCAGUGUCUCUAAUGCAUUAAAAUCUGAAAUGUAUUAUGUAUUAUUUUGUGUAAGGCAUUAAUGCUUAGUGCAUUGUGCAGUUUCAAUCCAGAUCUUUAAACAAACAAAUAAAUAUACGAAGACAAAACAAAAGGCUGUAUUAACAUCUGAUCAGGUGAACUCAUCUGCUGCUGGUAAAUAUACUUGUAUAUAAUGUUGCUCUGCUUAUAUCUACUGCCAAGUUUAUCACCAAAUCAUACGAUUUGCAUUAGUUGAGUGACUGGACUGAAAAAAGUUCUUAUAGUAUUCAUUUGUGCAGAAUAAUAAGAUCAUCCAAAACAAGCACUUUUUUUAAAACCUAAAUGUAACCCUGAAUAAUAUUGAUGAACUGUGAAUUCCCAAUGCUUUUCCCAAAUAGAACCCAACCGUUGUAGUGAAGAACUUUCCAUAUAUAAACAAGCAUGUAUGUAUGUAUGAUAUAAGUCUGUGGCAUUUUGGUUAGGGUAUGUAUAUAAUAUAUAACAUGCUUAUAAAUACUCCUACAAAGUAAGGUUUCCUGCAUUUUAUAUGUACUGUGUUUGUACUCUUGUAUUUAAUUAGUAAUUUACAUUUAAUUUCUAUUUAUGAAAUAUAUUGCUGUCUAUAACCAAAUGUAUCAGAGUUUCACCUAUAUUAUCAUACAAGUAGAGUUCAGGGGAAUAUUUACUGUAUAGCAGGGUGCUGCAAAUAUCUAAUGAAAAGAGAGCACAGCCAGCCUGAUUGGGCCAUUUAAAACCCAACAAAUUGCUGUAUAUUUGUAUUUUCUGAAAGUGAAAAACAAUUCACAUUUAUACAUACACAAAAUAUUGUUGUUCUGGCCAAAGUACAUAAACCUUAGUUAAAAGCUAUUAACAUGCUGGUUCUCACUACUGAACUAUAUCAUCUAGUGAGCUAACCUACUGUAAUCUAGCUUGAAAAGGUUUGGGUGGUGGCAUUCCUUGUCUCAUACAGUAUUGGUUUUCUCCUAGCAAUAUUAUUAUUAUCUAAUUAAGCUGCCUAUUAGAAUCCUUUGGAAAAAUAUUUAGCCUUAUUACCAGCUUUAGAAGCUAAAAACAUUCACAAUUGGUCUUUAAAACAGAUACACAAAUUAACAAACUAUCAUUAAAGCACGAAUUGUCUCCUGGAUUAUCCGGACAGAAUCCUUGCUUUCCUCCACGUAAGCACUGAUGCCACAGAUCCUCUUUAAUGCUCACGGAACCACCCUGUUUUUUCUGUUUUAAAUAUUACAUGUAAGAAUUAGUAGUCAUGAUGAUAGAGGAAAAACUACUUGCUAUAAAAUCAGCUACAUCACAGCUAUAUAAUUAAUAAAUACAGUAAUGUAUUAGCUACAGGACAGAAAAUUAUUUACAGCUAACUGCUGUUCAAAUGCUUUAGCUAGAAAGCUGAAAAAUAAAACCAUUAAUUUGGCUGAAUCUCAGGAUUAGGACAGCAGUCCUGCUCUUUUAAGUUCCAACGGGAAUUAAGUCCCGUUCUUUAUUCAUGGCACCUCUUUCUAGUGAUAUGUUUGCUAUUUAUCUCUCUAGUUUGUUAGGGUCAUUAAUAGUUUACUUAGAUGCAAAUGGAACAUUGUGGUCUCUAUAAUGCUGGGUAAAUAAAAAUGAGAAAGAUUUGACUUUUUAUCAUUUUUCCUACUAAUGGUCUGUUGAAAUCAUUGGAAUGCUCCAAUACAAUAUGCCAGAGCCAUGUACAAUAAUAGACAAGGGUUUCCAUAAUAGCAUAUAGACGUUUUGUGAUUUUGUGAAAAUGUGACAUUUUCACUAUUCAUGAUUUAAGUACAUUAAAAAAAUUCACUUUCCUGUCUCUGAAAAAAAUCUGCUUCUUAAAUUUAACGUUUCCAAUCACAUGUAUGAUGCAGCUGAUCAUAUCCUAGAAAUCAAUGUAAAACAAUGUCUUAAUCAAUCAUAGUCUCUUCUUGAAUUGUGAACUAUAAGGUAUAUGUCCAGGUUAAGCAUAGUCCACUUUUGGUUUUUUGGAUUAUCAAUAGAAAUGAUCCCAUAAGUAACUCUGAAAGGGUUUACAUGUGUAUGAAUAUGAAAUGUAAUGCAUAAACCCAAUAAAAACCCUACUAACAAUCAGGGUUUUUUUUUGUUUUAAGUAUGCCAUUAUUCUCCUACUUUACUUUUAGAGAAGCCAAAGAACAAAACCAUGUAAAACAUUUCUUUAUUGAUUUUCUAACCUUACUAUCUCUGUGCAAAGAAAAUAUUGUAUAGACAAAGGACUAGUUUAACAAAUGGUCAGUUUGACUAGUAAAAUUUUAAUUGCUAGAUUGCUAUGUGUGCUUUUCUGACACAUUGAAUGUUAUGCUUUGGUCAAAUUGACACUGCCACUGCACUUUGGCUGUGUGAAUCCUAAUUAAAAAUGGAAAUUUUAGCUAAAAGCACAGAGGUGCUUUAUCCUGGUCAGUGUUUGAGUGAAUCCAGAAAUCCUGGAAACACUUGCCACAAGCAUAAGGGUUCACCCAUGUUGCCAGAAUAUGCUGGCAGGCUCAAUGAUGGUAGCAUAUUCUAUUAUAAUUUGCAUUGUACUUUCACAAUAUCAUUUAUUUUAAGUAAAACUGAUCCUACAAAAAGCAGUACAACUUCAAAAAACACUAAACUAUUCAGGUAACUCUACUGCAUCCUCAUCAAAUUUUAAUUAAAAAAAGCAUUUAUAUGACAAAUCAUUAAGUACACAGGCUGGUCUCUCACUCUCUGUGAGUGUGUGUGUGUGAGAGAGAGGGGGGGGGGAGGAGAGAGAGAGAGCAGUUCUUGU